AGAUUUUUGUGCAGAGUAAAUAAGCCCUCAGCUGAGCGAUGAACAGAGUGUGAGCAGGAGGUUAUGUUGUCCCAAAGGCUUCAGUUCCGUGAGCGAGAUAAAGAGAAAGGCUGACACUCCCUUCCACCUCUAGAUGGUCAUACGCCUCCACUCAAAUCAAUUUGGUGCGAUACUGCUAUCGGAGGUCUCACCCCUCCCCGUGCAAUGAACAGUUCCGAGGUAUCUUCCGAGAUUCAUGAUAUUGUAUCAUCAGCUAUCCAGAGUCCACCAAGUGAAGCCCCCGCUUCCUUCCUGCAUUAUGAGGAUGACGGAGAUGUUAUCAAGGCUCUGGGGGUGGAAAGAUUUGAAGAGAUUCUUAACGAUGUUCAUCCACGGAGUCCAACUGAGCUGGGAAAGAGUUACAGUGAAGAGGAUUUCCAGUAUCACCGGCACUCAUCUCAUCACAUCCACCACCCACUAUCCUCACACUUACCUGGGGAAAGUGCAGGACGUGAAAGCCGCAAGCACAAGAAGAGGAGGAGGAAGAAAAGGAGGGCAUCUGUACCUGGAGAUACCCCGGGAACUAUCCAGGAAAGAGAGGAGGAGGAGGAGGAGGAAGACUCAGAAGAUGAUAAAACACCUGAAGAGGGAAUAGACUCACCUGACACACAGUUCUCCGUGCCUGAGGAGACCGUCUCUACCAGGAAUGUUGGGCCGGGGUCAGUCAUAAUUCCACAUGGGAAUGUUCCUGAAGAGAAUUCCAGAGAACAAGGCGGGGUGUUUAACUCCCCAGGAGGGGACACUGCUGGCACCCCUAGUCAUUCUCAUCGUCAGCCCCCCCAUCGCAGCUACAGCCUAACUGAGAGGCGGCGGAUUGGGAGCAUGACCCACCCCGAGGAGGCGCACUAUCAACUUCUUCCAACAGACGAAACCGAGGCACAAACAUUGGCAUCUGCUGACUUGGACUACAUGAAGAGUCAUCGUUUUGAGGACCUUCCCGCAGUGCGCAGACACCUUGUCCGGAAAAGCAAAGGGCAAGUGAUUCACAUAAACAAAGAGCACAAGGAGCGACAUCCUCACCGCAAGAGUGUGACCCUUCAACCACAUGAGGUUUUUGUGGAGCUCAAUGAACUGGUUGUGGACAAACACCAGGAGUUGCAAUGGAAAGAGACCGCACGCUGGAUAAAAUUUGAAGAGGAUGUAGAGGCUGAGACUGACCAGUGGGGUAAACCACACGUGGCUUCACUGAGCUUCCGGAGCCUGCUGGAGCUGAGGAAGACCCUCUCUCAUGGUGCUGUCCUACUAGACCUGGACCAGAGAACUUUACCAGGAAUUGCUCAUCAGGUUGUGGAACAAAUGAUCAUCAGCGACCAAAUCAAAGCUGAGGACCGAGCCAAUGUUCUGAGAGCACUCCUCCUCAAACACAGUCACCCAAGUGAUGAGAAGGACUCCUCGUUCUCUCGGAAUAUUUCCGCUGCCAGUCUGGGCUCACUUUUGGGCCAUCAUAGCACAAAUCACGUGUCCCAGAACAGUGAGCCAAAUUUAACAGACCCUCUGAUGGGUGGAGACCCUGCAGAACAGGAAACCAAGAUUGACAUAGAGCGAGAGAGAGAAUCAAUCCCUUCACUUCCCUCCAUCCAACGUUCGAAGUCUAAACAUGAACUUAAACUAUUGGAGAAAAUUCCUGAGAAUGCGGAGGCCAGCGUGGUCCUUGUGGGCUGCGUGGAAUUUCUGGACCAGCCCACCAUGGCAUUCGUACGAUUGCAGGAAGCUGUAGAGUUGGAUUCUGUAUUAGAAGUUUCCAUUCCUGUGAGAUUCCUGUUUGUUCUUCUUGGACCAAGGACUUCCAAUAUGGACUACCAUGAGAUUGGGAGGUCUAUCUCGACACUUAUGUCAGACAAACAAUUCCAUGAAGCUGCCUACCUAGCAGAUGACCGUCAGGAUCUCCUCAAUGCGAUUAAUGAAUUCCUUGACUGCAGCGUUGUACUGCCACCCUCUGAAGUGAUGGGGGAAGAGCUUCUGCGCUCCGUUGCUUUAUUCCAGAGGGAAAUGCUUAGAAGACGUCAAGUUCAGGAUAAGAAGAUUAUGGACGAACCCGCCGAUCUUCAGGAUAAGACUCUUCUCCCAAAAAUGGCCGUGAAUGGCGGGAGUGAUGAUGAUGAUCCCCUGCGCAGGUCAGGGCGACCUUUUGGGGGUUUGGUCCGAGAUAUCCAGCGACGGUACCCAAAAUAUAUCAGUGAUUUUAAGGAUGCUUUGAAUGUGCAAUGUAUGGCAGCUAUCAUAUUCAUUUACUUUGCCGCACUCUCACCGGCCAUCACGUUUGGAGGUCUCUUAGGUGAGAAGACACAGGGUCUGAUUGGAGUGUCCGAGCUGAUUAUCGGUACCUGUCUGCAAGGAGUGAUAUUUUGCCUGCUGGGUGCUCAGCCACUGUUGGUUGUCGGAUUCUCAGGACCCUUGCUGGUGUUUGAGGAGGCAUUUUACAGCUUUUGCUCUGCUAAUGGUCUGGAAUACCUGGUGGGUCGCGUAUGGAUUGGUGCAUGGCUUAUUGUCAUUGUUGUGGCUACCGUGGCCUGUGAAGGGAGCUUCCUUGUACGUUUUGUAUCCCGUUUCACACAGGAAAUCUUCUCAAUUCUAAUCUCCCUUAUUUUCAUCUAUGAGACAUUCUACAAACUCUUCAAGGUUUUCCAGGAGCACCCGCUUACUAACUGCAAUCAGAACCAGACCGAUAUGGAAAAAGUCAAUGAGACUCUGGGCCGAUGGGGAAACCAUUCAGGACCUCCCGGCCCAGUCAUAGGGCAGCCAAACACUGCUUUGCUUUCACUGGUGCUCAUGGCCGGCACAUUCUUUAUUGCAUUUUACCUGCGCAAACUCAAGAAUAGCAACUUCUUCCCUGGCAGGGUCCGCAGGGUGAUUGGAGAUUUUGGGGUUCCCAUUGCAAUUCUCAUCAUGGUUCUACUGGAUUUCAGCAUCACUGAUACCUACACUCAGAAGCUCAGUGUUCCCAGUGGGUUCAAGGUGACAUCGCCGGAGAAACGUGGUUGGGUUAUUAACCCACUGGGGUCUGACCAGCCUUUUCCUAUCUGGAUGAUGUUUGCGAGUGUCUUACCAGCCAUUCUCGUCUAUAUCCUGAUCUUCAUGGAAACGCAGAUCACCACGUUAAUUAUCAGUAAGAAGGAACGCAUGUUGGUGAAAGGAUCAGGAUUUCACUUGGAUCUGCUUCUGAUUGUGGUAAUGGGUGGAGUUUGUGCUCUCUUUGGGCUGCCUUGGAUGGCAGCCACAACUGUGCGGUCUGUUACCCACGCCAAUGCCCUGACCGUCAUGAGCAAAGCUGUGGCCCCUGGAGACAAACCCAAGAUCCAGGAGGUGAAAGAGCAGAGAGUCACAGGUCUACUGGUAGCAAUUCUAGUGGGACUCUCUAUUGUAAUUGGGGAUGUUCUCCGACAGAUACCACUGGCCGUUCUUUUUGGGAUUUUCCUUUAUAUGGGAAUCACCUCCCUUAAUGGUAUCCAGUUUUAUGAGAGAAUUCAGCUCUUGUUAAAGCCCCCAAAACAUCAUCUUGAUGUCAUCUAUGUUAAAAAGGUGCGAACACUGCGGAUGCAUUUGUUCACGGCAUUACAGCUGCUCUGUCUUGCUGUGCUCUGGGUUGUGAUGUCCACAGCAGCAUCUCUGGCCUUCCCGUUUGUCCUGAUCCUUACCGUUCCGCUGCGUUUGUUGGUACUGAGAAGAAUCUUUACUGAACGGGAGAUGAAAUGCCUGGAUGCUGAUGAGGUGCAGCCAAUAUUUGAUGAGCAAGAAGGAGUUGAUGAAUACAAUGAAAUGCCAAUGCCGGUAUAAUACCAGUUAUGGUACCAUGCCUUAGGACUGAACUGUGGUCUAGCACAAUUGCCUUGUUUCCUCCCAUCACAUUCUGGAUCCAGAUUUUCAGCUCAUUUUCUGAAAUUAUGUGUAGAAGCAGCUCAUUCAGGAGACCAAGUGCUGGACAUGUUCUCCAGGAUUUAAAAUACUUGUUUGAAGGGGUCCGGUUGUUUUUUGCAAUGUCAGACCAGAUAUUGUAUGUGAGGUUCAGGGACAGUCAUCACCAUCUUCUAAAGCAAUGCUGAAAUCUCCUUGGACCUGAGAUAAGCUUCCUCUCAGCCACAGUUCUGACACUGAGCCUUUGGGAGUGAGAGUACAUGUUGGUUGUUUACUACGUCCGUAUUGAAAAUCAAUCUAAUAUAUACUCAGUUGAUCUCUCCCAGGGGUUUGUAACUACUCCAUAUAUAAGGAGGAUACAACAUGAAAUUGAUUAUCACUGUGUGAAGCAGAGACUAUUGGCAGCCCCCCAAACACACUCUGUCCUGUGAAUGAGGACCUGUUACUUACAAGAGGACAUUUACUGUUACUACAGAAUACAGCAUUUUUCUUACCAAAGAGUCCAUCUGUCUAUCUGUAGCAAGUAUUGCCAGUGUUGGGAAACCCGUCUGAGAUAUACUGAACUGUGACCUUAUACGACCUCUAUCAAUCCAUGUUCAGUUUCUAGAUACUUAGCAUCAUUGUAUAACGUGCAAUUAUGACCUAGUAACUGAUUGGUUGGCACUGGUUAUGACAUAUAGACAUUCUGUUCAUUACUGUAAGUGCACCCCAUUACCUACAAUCAUGGGUUCCAACAAAGAAGGCGUUUAUGGAAAUUGACUGUUUAUUUAAAGGAAAACCCCUUUUCUUCCUAACAUGAGCUUGGUAUCUGUGUCCGUGAUACUGAGCGAGAGAUGUCAGUAUUACACCCAGGCUGGGAUUUGCAUAUCAGGGCGAGAUUUCAUGGUCACCCACAGUUUGUGAACUGGGGUUGAAGGUGCGCAUCAUCCCAGCAAGAGCAUCUGCUAACCCUAGUCAAUCAUAUAUGAUGCCAGCAGGAGUCUAUUUGGACUUGCCCAGUGUAUAUACCAACUCUAGUACUCAAUAAUUACACAAAACUAGUGGGAUCCUCACAUAAUUUCAGUCCAGAAUAAAUCAUUCUAAAAGAAAGCAUUUUGAAACUUAA